GUGUGAUCACAUCGAGGUACUAUCAAGUUACCUAGGCAACAUUCAUUCCGGCAGACUUGAUGGCACUCGGAGAACAAUCCGAGCCUGGGCUGGGGGCAGGCCGGCAGGAUUUCUAGCAGGUGGCAAUAUGUUCUUGCCCUGCCAUGACCAUCGCUAUUGCUGUUGCUCUCUAUCGCUAUUGCUGUUGCUCUCUAUCGCUGUUUCCGUCGUUGCCCAUCGCCAUUGCCAUCGCUGCCCAUCGCUACUGCUGUCGCCGUCUAUCGUCAUUGCCAUCGCUGCCUAUCAUUCCUAUGCAGUCCUCGUAUUCAUCAUAAGCCCCCUGGGCGGCGGCAUUAGGGUGCUCGGAUCCAAUGAGCGUGUAAGCGCCGUACAGCUGCACACGGCGAUAGGCGUAACCCUCAGGGCUAACGCGAAGGUUGGGUGGGGAAUUCGAAGGCUAUUGCUGUCGCCGUCUCGCCAUUGCCGUCACCAAUGCUGUCAAAUUGUGACCUUGGGUUUCUCGUCCUGUACUUUUCCCUUGUCCUUGGGCGUCGACGGAUGUUUUUUUUUUCGGCCGUUUCCUUGCCCUCAGCGGGCGGCGGCGAAGGCGAAUCAUCAUCGGGCGUCUUGCCCUUCCGGCGGCCUCUCCGCCCAGAUCCCAUGCUCGCUGGAGAUUUUUCUCGGCAGCUGUAACAACGCGCAGGUUAGCAGGAGAAUGCCUAGAGUAGCCAGAUAAGAGAAGAAUAAUAGCCUUCUCGAUAAUGUUAUGCGGCGGAAGUUGCGCUGCGGCGAUCGUGCUGCUCAGGUCGUCCUUCAAUGUGAAGGCUGAAAUGUUGGCAGCCGUGGGGUCACCUGGCAAAGCUUUCCCGGCCCGCCGCCACCUGCAGCGUAGAUUCUAGUCGUGAGUUGCAAACUGCCCAGGUCCCCAUACGCAAGAAAGGAACGAUCAGCCUGAGAAUCCCGGAUUUUCCCUGACUUGGCAAUUUGGAGCUUAAUCUAACGUUCUAAC